AUCGCACUUUUGCAAAAAGCGCUGGGUCCGAGCGCAGGGGCAGCCCCAUUCGUGCUCAUAAAUGAACUGUGAACAAUAAACAGCCGGGCGGCACCCGAAACACGAUUGAUAGCGGCCCUCGGCUGCAAAUAAUCGACUGCUGGCCAGGGGCGCUGCACGCCGGCGGCCGCGAUGGCCGACGACGAGGACGAGCAGCUCGCGAAGAACAUCCCGCCGCCGCUGCCUUUGUGGGGACGCGGCGUCCGUUCCGUCGGUCGUUCGAGCCGGCGUCACUCCUCGCGCGCAGGUACAACUUCCCGCGGUCCCACGAGCAGCAGAACGCCGCCCCACCGCUGACGGGCUUUGCGCAUUCCUUACCGAUCAUCAAGCAUCGAGUGGCCAGAAGCUCACUAAGAAGAGGCACGCCUCUACGCGAACCGUUGCAAGAUCCGAGAAGAGGCUUGCACCUGGCGCGGUGGUUCCACGAGCGCGACAGAAAUGAAUUCGAGGCCUCCCAAGCCAAAAAAGAGAGAGAAACGAAGAAACGGCGCGACGCGGCGCUGGCCGCGGCCCUGGCGGCCAAGGAACGUGUUCAGGAGACGUCCGAGGACUCAGACUUGGCUGUGAAGGGUGAAACCGCACUGAGUUCUGUGGCGGCUUUUCUGAAGGACAAAAAAGAGCGUGAGAAGGCCGGGAGUAGGCCGGAUUCCGUGGAAGAAGUCCAAGAACCGCCCACUCGUCGAUUAGUCUACGACUCCGCCGAUUCAGAAGGCAAGAAUUUGGAUAGGAGACUCGACGACUUGGAGUUCGACAGCUGGUUCGAGAGUGGUAACUUACGAGCUGCGUGGAGAGUAGAAAAUCGCAGGCAGGCCGACGGCGCUCCAAAAAAUCAUGGACGAGCGCCCCUGAACACGCCUAGCUGGGCCCAACAAGAAUAUGAUUUGUUGUGCAACAAGGACACGCACACGAACGGCCACGUCCAGUGGUUCUACUUCUCCGUUCGUCGAGCGAAUUCAUCUCCUCGCAUACCGGAAAAGUUGAGAGUGCGCCUCAACAUCGUGAACAUGAUGAAAAAGUCGAGCUUGUACGACGUGGGCAUGCUGCCGGUGGGGUUCUGCGAGAAGAGUGAUUCGUCAGGGAGGGGCUGGACGCGCGUCGGGAGUGACGUCGCGUAUUUCAAGAAUUGUAGAACGUACCCGCGACGGAAAACAUCUACUACCACUGACAAUAGAACUUCGUUAGAUGCAGCCCCGUACCGCAAGCACGACCGGCACCACUACACGUUAACUUUUCUCGUGGCCUUGCCCCAUCCGCUCGAUGGUGGUGAUGACACGGGUUCGGAGACGGACUCCGACGUGGUUUUAUUGUCUAGAUCUCCGAAAACACGCUCGCCGCAACUAAGAAAGCGAAGGAGGAAGAAGGACGACCGCUUAUUUCUAGCGCACUGCUUUCCCUAUACGUAUUCGGAUCUGAGGAAUGAGUUAGUCGCCCUGGACGACUGCCCCGGGCCCGCGGUGGUAAGACGGCGGCGGCUCUGUUCUACUCUAGCUGGAAAUGAUUGUGAUUUACUUACAAUAACGAACUUUUUGACGCGGGACCCGGCGGCGGUGCGGAAGCGGGCGGGCGUCGUGUUGACGGCGCGCGUGCACCCGGGCGAGUCUAAUGCAUCAUUUAUGAUGCGCGGCUGCAUCGAGUUCCUCUGCUCGCAAGAUCCGCGCGCGAUCAAGCUGCGGGACCACUUCGUCUUCAAGGUCGUGCCGAUGUUAAAUCCUGAUGGUGUGAUCAACGGCAACUACCGCAGCUCAUUGGCCGGAGAAGACCUGAAUCGGAGGUACGCGUCCCCAUCUCCCACACUGCAGCCCACAGUCUACGCCAUCAAGCAAUUGUUGAAAACGACGCACGAGACGCGAGGCGUCCUGUUUUAUUGCGACAUGCACGGCCACUCGCGAAAGAAGAACGUCUUUUUCUACGGCUGUUCCGAGCCCAAGAUGGCACCACCACCGCCCCGAGAGUUGACGGAGGCGUUGCAGCGGGCCGCGUCGGGCGAAGGCGAACCGCCACCCUUGGCCGAGGCGGGGCAUUGCGACGGGACUUUUUCCGAUGACCACAAGGUACUGGCUCGAGUGCUCCCUCGCAUCGCCAACAAUUUAAAUGGAAUGUGCGACGGCGGGCCCGUCUAUGACUGUGCGUCGUCGUCGGAUGACUCCGAUGAUGGCCUGACGGCGAGUGAAAGAAGAUCAGAGCGACGCGCGGCUCGCAAGAGAGCUCGAAGCGCCUGGGCCGCGGGCGCCGCGCCCUGUUCUGGGGCUUCUGGCGGUGCGUUGUAUUCAUUUAGGGACAAUUCGUUUAGUGUCCAAGCGGCGAAGAAGGCUACUGGUCGGGUCGUCGCGUGGCGGGAACUUGGCAUUGCCAAUUCCUUUACACUGGAAGCCUCCUUCUGUUCUCCUGGGUAUAAUGAAGAGCAGCAACUCUUAGCGGCUGCCGAUCGUAGAUUGAAUGAUGGUCGCAGUGUGGACUUGACGGACAUACCUCUGUCGCUCGACACGGAGCCUCUGGAUAGCUAUCAAGGUAGAAGUGACCCUUCUUCUCCCGUGCCCGAUGUUACUGAGAGGUUGGCCGAAGCCUUCAGGAAGAGCGGUAUAAACCUACAAGACGCUAGAAAACAAGCCAUGGCAGCUGUCGAGGAUAGAGCAAGGGCGCCCAGUGUUCCGAGAGACGAGGUCGAGCUGAGAAAUAAAUGUGUGGAAUCGUGGAUGCGGGACGGCCACUACACGGUCGAAGACCUGCAGUUAGUUGGGAGUCAAUUGAUGGUCGCGUUGUAUCAUUACUGUAACUUGGACGGGAGUGGCAUGUACGACGCCGAGGAGGGCGCCGCGCGGUCCGGCGCCGCGGCCGGGUUCUUGGUGCAGCCGCGGCUCUUCGAGUCCUUCGGCGCGCCUCUGCUAGAUUAUGGCGUCUUGGAGACGGAGGCGGCCCGGAGUGCCGUGAAGGCGCAAGCUCGGCGGGACAAGCGCGCGGACAAGCACAUAGGUCUAUCCCGAAGUCUCCGGUCGGCCGCCGUGCGGUCGCGGGCGGAGCUGGAGCUGCGGGCCGUGUGACGCCGCGUGGAAAUCAAAUUUCGGGCGUCUCACGCCAUCGACGCGAUAUUGUCCACGUAACUGCGUCUGCUCGAUGGCGUGGAGGCUCCACGCCAUCGACGCGACGAUGUUUCCAUUACUGCGUCUGCUGAAUGGCGUGGAGGUCGACGAAGGUCUCCGCAACUCACGGGUGCUUGCCACGCAGGUGUUGCGGGUGCAGAAGCGCGGCAUCUCAUCAUUAGGAACGCCCAAGGUCGUCCCGACGCUCUCAGACGACGAGGACGCGCCUCCACCACUGCCCGUCGACGAGGACGACGAGGACGGUUUAAAUGAAUUCUUACCGAGCGACGUCGACCCGGGCGCCCAGUCCGACGCGUCGAACGCCUCCGAGAAGCCGGUCGAGCCGAAGCCCAAGCCAGUGGUCAAGAGGGCCGCGAAGAAGCCCAAGGGUAAAAAAAUGACCCGGGCCAAGUGGCAGGCCGCGAAGCAGAAAGCCCUGGAAAGUAAGGAGAAGAAGGAGCAGAAGGCCGCCGAGAAAGUUGUGGCGAAAUUACAGAAGUCGAAGCUGAGCGGCCUCGCGUCCGUGUUAAGGCCGCCUUCAUCAGACUCGGAUGAGGAGGACGGGAGACACACGGCGCGGGUGGGCGGCGACUCUGGGAGUGAUAGUGAUCCGUCGGCCGACGACGACCCCGAGUCGACGAACGCUUUACAGUUGGAGGUGACUCGUAGACGCGCGGCUCUCGCGGCGGCCACCGUGAAGGGCGAGGAGGACAAGAAGGGUUUGAAAGCCCUCAAACGAGCAGCGCGGGCCGCGCGGCUCGCGGCCAAGGCGACUGAAAAAAGGGAUAAAAGACGGCAGCUGAAGAAACGGGCGUUGGAGAAGGCCGAGGCCGAGGCGGCCGCCCAGAAGGCCGAGAAGGCUGAAAGAUUACGCAAGAAGAAGCUCGCCGACCAGAAGAAAGCAAUAGAGGAGCCGGCGCGGCGGAAGCGGCGGUCGUUGGAGAAAGCUAGGGCGAAGCUGGCCCUCGCGCUGUCCGGCGACCGCGCGAUGAUGAAUCCAUUAAGGCCGUCCGUCGGCAAGCUGGCGAAGCGGGCCGCGGAGAAAGCUAGACGGAACGAGCGCGGGUUGCCUCCUUUACAUGAUCAGGUCUGGGCCCUCGAGCCCGAUUCCCGAGAGAGAGCGAGACGCGAGGCCCAGGAUUUAUUGCCGCGGCCGCGGGCGCCGCUGCGGCCCCGCAUCGCAGCGCGGUCGCCGGCGACACGUAUUGUGGACGGCGACUUUGACGAUGAACUCGUUUCAGACGAGGACGUCGUGCAGACCGUGGACCGGACGCUCGCGACCUACUUGAAUGCGAAGCAGGACGUCUUCUCGCUCCAGGCGCGGGCGCCCGAGCCGCCGCCGACGGCCGACGUGCUGACGGCCGAGCGCGCGCCGGCGCGCGGGUUAAGGGUGCCGCCGGUGACUGAUGUGGGGCUUCCGCGGAUAGUCUAAUUAGUUUGUUAGAAUUGAUGAAUUUCACU